GUCACAGAUCUACCAACUCUUCCUUAUUUUUACAUCUUCUGGAAAAAAAGAAAAAAGAAAAAAGAAAAAAAGGAAUAACGAGAAUUAAAUUAUCUUUUUUCAUAUUUGCUUAAAAAGUAUUUUGCUGUCAUUUCUGGAUUUACAAGAGGGGAGUCUCAAAAAAUGGGAAAACAAUCUCAGAAAUAGAAAAUAGUAAAAGUAUUUACAAUUUUUUUUUUUUUUUUUUGUUUUUCAAAAUCCUCCUCCUCUCUCUUUGUUGUGAAAUUUCUAAAUCCAGAUCUCAGGUGGUCCACCGGCCGAUCGGUAUCGGUGCCCUUUUCGUUGUUUUCGGAAUUUGAGUAUCUGGAUUGAGGUGCCGGCGAGGAUUCGGAGAGCUAGGGAGUUGUUUGUUGGAAGAAAAAAUGCCGGGUGAUGGGGAUUUGGAUCGGCAAAUAGAGCAAUUGAUGGAGUGCAAGCCGCUGUCGGAGGCGGAGGUCAAGGUUUUGUGCGAUCAAGCGCGGGCGAUUUUGGUGGAGGAGUGGAACGUGCAGCCGGUGAAAUGUCCGGUUACUGUAUGCGGUGAUAUCCAUGGCCAGUUCUACGAUCUGAUCGAGCUGUUUCGGAUUGGUGGCAACGCUCCGGAUACUAAUUACCUCUUCAUGGGUGACUACGUCGAUCGUGGGUACUACUCGGUGGAGACUGUCACACUUUUAGUGGCUCUAAAAGUUCGUUAUCGGGAUAGAAUCACAAUACUUAGGGGCAAUCACGAAAGUCGACAAAUUACUCAAGUGUAUGGAUUCUAUGAUGAAUGCUUGAGGAAGUAUGGGAAUGCCAAUGUGUGGAAGUAUUUUACUGAUCUCUUUGAUUAUUUACCUUUGACAGCCCUUAUUGAGAGUCAGGUCUUUUGUUUGCAUGGAGGCCUUUCACCAUCGCUUGAUACCUUAGACAAUAUUCGAGCUUUAGAUCGUGUACAAGAGGUCCCACAUGAAGGACCCAUGUGCGAUCUCUUGUGGUCCGAUCCCGAUGAUCGUUGUGGUUGGGGAAUAUCACCGCGCGGAGCUGGCUACACCUUUGGACAAGACAUAGCUGCUCAGUUCAACCACACCAAUGGCCUCACCCUAAUUUCACGCGCACAUCAGCUUGUCAUGGAGGGAUACAACUGGUGUCAGGACAAAAAUGUGGUGACAGUCUUCAGUGCUCCCAACUACUGCUAUCGCUGCGGGAACAUGGCUGCAAUACUUGAAAUUGGGGAAAACAUGGACCAGAAUUUUCUUCAGUUCGACCCAGCUCCUCGACAGAUUGAGCCGGACACAACGCGUAAGACACCUGAUUAUUUUUUGUGAAUGCUGUUGUCGAUAGUGCAUGGUGGUUGCAGUUAUGUUUCUAUAGAUGUGAAUCUUGACCGCAGAGCACUGCUCUUCUCUGGAUUAUAUUGUCUGCCCCAUUGAUUUUUCUUCUUUUUCUGAGUUGCUCUGCCCCUGACCUUAGUUAUGUGCUCCAAACAUUGGACCGGGGAUUCCUACAGGAAUGGAGUAUUUUUGGCUUUGUAUAUGUCUUCUUAUUUACUUUGUUUAUUAUUAUUAUUAUUAUUUUUA